AUGAUGCAGCAUAUCCCAGACGGAGGUGUGCUUUGUUUAGUCUCCAAAAUUCCCUUUUUUGACUUCAGCUUCACACUGCUGGAAGUCUUCCGAGAAAACCUGCAGCAGGCUCCGGCCAUCCUCGAGCGGCUCAAUCGGGCAGGGAUGGAACGCCUGGCGCGCGGAGUGGAUGUGUCCGACCUCCUCAAGUCUCAAACUUCCCCUUGCAUUCUGGGCCUUUCGGCGAUGAGCCAACAGAUGCCUCGACAGUUGCUUUCUCCGGGAUGUGAGUGGUCGCACUUCCGGAACUUGAACCAGCCCCAGACAUGUACUCCUUUGGCGCAUACGUUUGGAAGGUGGACCAUUUGGUGGGGCCUACUUACGCUGCUCAUGCGCUGGGGUGACAAGCUUCUGGAGGUAGUGCUGAAGCUCUUGCCCUGCGUCCUGCUCGAGCAGCAGGUAUUGUUGGUCGGCGAUGCGCAAAGGGCUUGCGUGGUGGCUUUGCUGCUGCGCGGUUUGCUUUGGCCAUUCCGCUGGCAGCAUCCGUUCAUAUGUGCGCCGCUGCCUCCAGAAGCACUGCGAGAGCUCCCGUUGCUGGAAGCUACCAUGCCAUUGAUCAUGGCCUUCGGGGAGAUGCCGAUGCUGAGCCACUUCUGGGGAUACGACACUGUGUACCAACUUCCUCCCAGCAUCAUUGCCGGAGUGUUGCGCAACGAGUGGGUUUACAUUAGCGACAAGCUGGAAACAGUUGGUGGUCUACCAGGAAACAGCAUCAAGCUUCCUGCUUUUGUGCAGAUGGCCCUCAGGAACGAAAUCAAGGAGGCCAGACGUAGCUUCCGACAGUCGGCGACAAAGCUCCAAGCGCUUCUGGAGAUCGUGCCCAAG